AGUCUUUAACGAGACCUAAGUUCGCAACCGUUCGAUAUACAUCGUAGUAGUCGAUUUGCUCAGUUCGUCCGCCGAAGAAGACAAAAUGAUCACCGCUGUACGCUGUUCGGUUUUGCUGUGCAUGAUGGUCGCAUGCGGUCACGUCCUUGCAUAUCCAUAUAACGGUGACAACAUGCACCCCGGGGCUGGUGCGAUGGGAAACCAUCACCAGCAGCCAGGGUUUGGCGGCAGUGUGGGCCAACAGCGCGGGUAUGGCGGUGAUGCGAGAUUCGGCGGCGGAAAUUUUGGGCGAAGUCCGGCGUAUGGUGGACAAUCAAGGUGGCAGUCGACAGGCUAUGGCGGACAGCAGCAGGGAGCCGAGGCCUACCAGACUAAUAUCUUCAACGAACCGGACCGAUACGGUUAUGAUUACACGAUUCCCGGAGCGACCGUACACUUUUUGAUGUACAAAAAACAAGGAAACAGAGAAUCCGGAAAUAAUCAUCAUAAUUUUGGAGUAGAUUCAAGUGGCUGGGACAAACGUUAUUAACACUUUCAUCAACUAAACAAAACAUUACAAUUAUAUUAUAUUAUUAUAUUACAAUAUAGUAAUUAUAA